AGAUCUUAUUUUCAGGAUGCGCGUAUUAUAAAAUAAUUAUUAUUACUGUAUUAUCGGAAAAAGAAGAUUAUUGAUAAAAAUCAUAAAAUGGAUUUAAGCAAAACUACAUUGCAGGACAUAGACAACAGGAAAACUGAAAAAUUGUUAAAUGAAAAUCAGGACCAAGACAAUUUUUUUAUUAAAAAUAAUUCUAUUUGUAAUCCAAUCAGUCAUGAGUCAAUGAAAAAAUCUGGUGACACCUACGAUUUAGUUAAUGAUUUCAAAACUGAAUCACAUUACAAUCAAAAGGAGUCAUGUAAUGAAACACAAAACGCAAUCAAUUUAAAAUAUAAACAAUUGGAACACAGCGAAUUGCUGAAUCGUUAUAGUAGGAACACUACCACUCCAGUAAUUGAUAUCGAUGUGUCAUCAACUAUAAAUGAUUUAUGUAACUUGGAAACAAAUAAAGUAAAUAAUGUUAAAUAUGGAUUUCCAAACAUAACGAAUAACGAUUCUAAACUUGAACAAGCAAGCAAAUUAGGAAACAUAUUAAAAAUCCAAUCAUCUAUAUGUUUAAAUCCAAAUAUAAGCGACAUAAAAACAGUUGAUGAACAAUUUAAUAAUAAAUUAACAAAUAAUGAUGUAACGGCUCCUUCGCAUAUAAUAAAUAACAAUGUUGAAACUCAGAAGAGGACUCAACAAGAACAUAAAAAGGACAAAAUUAUAGGAGAUGUAGAAACGAUUGAAAAAAUUGCGGAAAUGAUUGAAAUAAAUAACAAAAAUACGAAUGAAAGUAAUCUAAAAUCAAAAAAAAAGCUUCAAAUAUUAAUGUCUCGAAACUGUAUGGAGAAGCAUUGGAAUAAAUGUGCUGAUAAAUCUACAAGUAUUGAAAAAGAUAAUAGCCCAAUAAAAUUAAGUGAAGAUGUUACGGAUAUUAACAAAAAACAAUCUUUAACUAAUCUAAACCAAAAAAUUGAAUGUGAACCAGAGUUGCAAAGUACAUCUGAUAUUCAACAUGAUAUUGAAAUGAUUGAUAAUAAUGAGCAAUCAGAUGGGAAUUGUUUAGCAAAAAGCCGAUUUGAAGAGGUAUGUACUACUGUUUAUUCGAACUCAUUACGUUUGUAAAUUAUCUUAAUUUAUAAAAUUUCGACUAUCUUGAAGUUCAGAACAAAAUUUUGGU